AUGCAGAUCCUCACUCUUCUUCUCGCUUCUGCCUCGGUGGCUCAAGCACAUUACAACUUCAACGCCUUGCAAUACGGUGGCACCACGCAAACGACCUGGCAACAAGGUAUAUUUAUAUUUCCUCUCCCUCCCCCAUUCUUUCUCUAAACAUCAUCUAGUGCGUAAGCGAUCGGACGUAGAUAGUCAUGGUCCAGUACAAGACGUCUCCCUCCUCGACAUCCGAUGCGGCAAAGACGCAUCCGCAAAUUUCGCUCCAGGCAUCCUCUCCGUCGCCGCAGGACAAACCCUAGGCUUUUCCGUGGACCCCGAAAUCCAACACCCCGGUCCGAGUAUGGCGUACCUGGCUAAAGUCCCAGCUGGAAAGACGGCCGCGAAUUGGGAUGGAAGCGGGGCGGUUUGGUUCAAAGUUUGGGAACAGGGACCUUCGGCUCUGAACUCGAAUGGAGGGACCUGGCCUGCUACUGGUAUGUAUCCCAUAUCCCCUCUCUCUAACCCUAACAAUGAAAAUAAUGAACAUUGGCUGAUAACACAAAGGCUUGAAAACCCUCAGCUUCGCAAUUCCCAAAGCUACGCCCUCGGGUGACUACCUUGUUCGAAUCGAGCAUAUCGGGCUUCACGGCGCGGGGAGCACGAAUGGAGCACAGUUUUACCUGUCUUGUGGACAGAUCACUAUUACGGGUGGUGGGAGUGGUACUCCGGGUCCACUUGUUGCGUUCCCGGGAGCUUAUAAAGCGACGGACCCGGGGAUUUUGAUUCAGAUUUAUUGGCCUGUGGUUUGUUGCUCUGUUGUGUGA